AAGAGAACCUGCCAAUUUCAAUCUUUUCUCAGAAUCAAGCAGUAUCGUCAGUAAAAGGUACGUACAUAUAUCAUUCCAGUUCGACAUAUACAUAUAUAUAUAUAUAUAUAUAUAUACGAUCAUAAGUUGGUUAUACAGAUUAUAGAAUUAUCUUCCUUGGUUCAUGGAAUCCGACCAUUUAACUAUACAUUUUUUUUUUAGAUUAGACCAUAUACGUGCAAGCUUUAGCUUCGAUCCGGGUCAAGGUUGGAUUUGCACCAAAGUUGCAACAGCAUUUAUGACAGACAUCACAAGCCCUAGGCACCAGUUCGACCUCGAGUCUCAGCAUAGAGUGUUGCUGAUAACCAGUAGUACUAACGUCCCACCAAGAGACCACUGGCGUUGGAUUUAUGUGAUUCUCCAAGUGCGCAAACUCCUCAUCUCAUCCAGAGCAAACAAACCUACAAACAACGGGCCUCAACGACAACCUCCCCAGCUCCCAUCAGAUAUAAUCCCUUAUACUAUUAUCGGCACCAGCACUAGUACUACUGGUGAUGCACAAGAUGCGGACUUGCAACUGACAUCAGUAACUACAGAAAUCUUACCUGCCUCGCCUCAAGUUUCUGGGGAUGUCCAUCUGAUUGGGGAGGAUGAUGGUAGUACUGCUGCUACUGAUGCAAAACUCCAGCGUGCAAAUAUUUCCAAGAUAGUCGCGGAGAAAGACCUUGAGUCCUUACAAAAGUUUGGAGGCGUCCAAGGAAUUGCAGAUGCACUCGCUAGCGAUGUACAGAAUGGAAUCUCAGGGGAUGAAGAAGAUGUGAGUUCUCGACACACAGUUGGUGCACUCUUCACCACAAAGGCUCCUGUUCAAUGCUUCUUCAAACUGCUCCUACAGUCCAGCAACAACUACAUCAUUUUCCUUCUCUCGGUGGCUGCAGUGCUGUCAAUAGGCUUUGGUAUGAAGGAGGAAGGCCCAAGCACCGGUUGGUAUGAAGGGGGCAUCAUAGUGUUUGUCAUCAUCAUACUUGUUGUUGCACCGUCCAUACGCGACUUGUGGCUUCAAACUCAGGAGAGCCAUGCUAUGAGACAAACUUCGGGGGAUAUUAAUUUAGUGGUUGAUGUCAUCAGAGGAAGAUCCUCACAUGAAGUACCAAUAUAUGAUGUUUUUCCAGGUGACAUAGUGUGCUUGAAACGGGGAUCUACAAUUCCCGGUGAUGGUUUGUUCGUUUCUGGUAAAUUCUUGGUCUUGGAUGAUGGUAAAGUGGCAACUAUUGAUGACAAGAAACCAUUCUUGUUCUGCGGUUCAAAGGUGGUUGUUGGAAAUGGUCGUAUGCUUGUAACAUCUGUAGGCAGAAACACAUCCUGGGGUGAGCUGAUGAACAGAGUAGCCAAUACUCCUAACCAAGCUCAUUUACCGGCUCAGCUUGAUAAGGUCAGCACAGGCACACAGAUCAUAGGGAUCUCAAUCUCUAUUCUCAUCCUUGUAGUCUUAUUCACCCGUUUCAUGAUUGAAAGGGAAAACAAUCACUCUGGCCUCCCAGACCUUAGGGGGAAACCAACUGCAAGCAAGGAAAUAAUGAGUUUAAUUGAGAAAAUUGUGAUGAAACCAAGUGGUCGGAUCAGUAUCCUUACGACAUCUCUGGCUAUAUUCCUCGUAGGAGUUGUAGAAGGAAUACCUUUUUUUGUUACACUUGCUAUAAGGUAUUGGAAUAAGAAGACAUUAUCAGGAAAGGCCACUGCUCAAGGGACUUUGGCGUGUGUCACCAUGGGCUCUAUCACAACUAUUUGCACUGACAAAACAGGCGUGCUGACCUUGAACACUCUGAAAGUGGGCGAGUGCUACAUUGGGGAAGAAGAAAUAAAAACUGAUUAUGUCACUGGAAUAGACACAAAUGUUCGUGAAGCUUUGUGCAAUGGAAUUUGCACACCAAUUCUGACACCAAGCCCUCAGUGCAACUCAACAGAGGACCCGCUCUGUUGCUGUGCUGAUUUCAAUUUGGGAAUGCAAUAUGAGAUUAUGAGGCAAAACUGCACAAUUAUUGAGACUAAAGGAUUGAGCACUAAUGAGGAAGGUAGUGGAGUACUACUGAGGAGAAAAAACAGCAGUGACAAUGAUGGAGAUAUGUGCUUGCAUUGGAAAGGACCUGCACCAACAAUAUUAGCCAUGUGUUCGCACUACCAUGACAACAAAGGGGAAACAAAGGUCAUGGAUGAACAAAGACUAUUGGUUUUUAACCAAAUUAUAGAGGGUAUGCAGUCCAAAUAUCUCAAGACCAUUGCAUUUGCUUACAGGCAGACUCAGGUUCAGAUGCUAGAAGAAAACAGCUUAAUCUUAAUAGCACUGCUAGGUGUGAGGUAUUCAUGCUGCACAGGUAUAGUGGAAGCUUGUCAAGAAGCAGGAGUCAACAUCAUAUUGGUCUCAGAAGAUGAUGUUUCAGACCUGAAAGACAUAGCUAGCGAGUGUGGGAUACUUUUGAACCCAAACAGAUUGGUAGUUGAAAGUGAAAGUUUUCGGAAUAGUACCCAAGUAAACAGGAUGGACAUGGCAGAUAAAAUAUGUUUGAUGGGGAACUCCACUCCUUCUGACAGGCUUCUUUUGGUGCAAUGUCUGAAAGAACAAGGCCAUGUCGUAGCAAUGGUUGGAGUUGGAACAAAUGAUGCUCCAACUCUGAAAGAAGCUGAUGUGGGCAUUGCAAUUGGGGCUUGGAGUAAUGGAGUGGCAAGAGAGAGUUCAGACAUCAUCAUCUGGGAUAAAAAUGUCAGUUUCUUGGUCAGCAUUAUUGGGUGUGGAAGAUGCAUAUACUCCAACAUUCAGAAGUACAUUCAACUUGAGCUCACCAUGAACAUAGCAUGGUUGUUGAUAACAUCCACAACCACAAUGUGUUUAGGACAAAGUGCAAUUGCAGCCAUACAGUUGAUCUGGGCAAACAUGGUUGUCACUCUUCUAGGUGGGCUUGCUCUGUUGAUGGAGCCUCCAACAGAGGAACUAAUGAAAAGACCACCAGUCAAGCGAACUGAAUCUCUCAUUAGCAAGCCAAUGUGGAGAAACAUAAUCAGUCAAGCUUUAUAUCAGACUGCCAUCUUGGUCAGCUUUCUCUACAAAGGACCAGCUAUACCAGGCAUCAGCAAGAAGGUAAGUGAGUCCAUUGUUUUCAACGGUUUUGUCCUGUGUCAAGUGUUCAACCAAGUGAAUUCAAGGGAACUCGAGAAGAAAAACAUAUUUAGGGGCAUUUUUAGCAAUGUGUGGUUUUGGGUGGCUCUGGGUGCCAUUCUUAUGCUACAGGUGGGUUUUGUAGAGAUUGCACACAUUGUUGUUGGCAAUGCAAGGUUGAAUUGGGCAGAGUGGGGUAUCUGUCUUCUAAUUGGGAUAGUUUCAUGGGCAAUUGAUUUAGUUGUCAAGUGUGCAACCAGUUUCAUACUUAGCUCAGCAUCCAUUUGCAGGACUACGGCACCCACCAAUGUCUCAGAAUCGACUUCUAAUCUAGAGCUCCCACUCAUUCAUGGAAAUUCCACAUGAAUUCCAUCUUAGGUUGUAUUAAGUAUUAACUUCUACGUCAACACUGUAAGAACAUUCCUGUAUAUUAUUGAUCAUAAUUCUAGGAAAUCAGAAACUGUAUUUGCAGCUGCCCCAUAGGCCCAUACCAGUAAACGUACAAGUAGACUCUACAGCAGUGCAUUUGCUUCCAAAGCAAAUUUACGAAAACUCAAUAUGGGCAAUAGAACAUCACAUGCAUCAGAAAUGAAAGCAACUCGAUCAUGUACUCAAAGUUUAUAUCGAGUCACAAAGAAAGAAGUUCAGCAAUAUAAUAUAUUCGUCAAC